GCAGUCUGCAGAGGUGCAUUGUGGGAAACUCCCAAGUUUCCCCCCCCUCUGCCUGCCUCCCUCCUCUCUGCGCAGAGCCAGCUCCCAAGGUGCGACUGGUCCAGCCGGAGGACAGAGGUGCCGUAUGAUGUCCAGGUAGGACAGUGCCAGCGUGAGAAUCAUCCCAAGACAACUGCUCCGAGGACUUGAGCUCGGCUGGCUCCUCUGCUUCCUCUGGCAGCCGGGCAAAGGAGAGGAGCUGGGACAGCCCUGAGCUCGUGGCAUCCACUCACUGCCCACAGCACUCGCAGGAUGGAUUCCAAAGGCAAUGUCCGAAGUGGAAACAAACCCGACGCCAAGACCGCCAGCUCCGCAAAGCCGGAGAAGCCCAACCCUGGGCCUGCCACGAAUGCAGACAAGAAGGAGGUCCCCAAGGAGCCGCCCGCUCCUGCUGCUGCCACCAAGAAGGCGGGUGGCGAUGCUGCCGUCGUGAACAACCACAGCAACCUGAAACCCAGCCCCGCCGGCACGGAGACGCACGAGGCCGCCGGCCAGUCCCCUGACUCUGACCACAAGGGAAACAGCUCCGAGGAGUCACCGGGCAGCUUCUUCGACAACAUGAAGCCCUUGAUCAUCGUCGGAGGGGUGGCGGUGGCUGCGCUGGCUGUGAUUGUGGGAGUGGCGAUCCUAGCCCGGAAAAAAUGAAGACCGAGACGGGGUGGGGAUGAGAAACCCAGCCCAGCUGUACAGCUCCUUUUGAGACAAAUGCAUGCAGAGAAAUUCUAUACAUAGCUAUAUAUAUAGAGAGCGAGCUAGAUAGGUCAACAACAAACACCAACUGCAAGGGUCUUGUUCAAGACAACUGUGCCAGUUUGACCCAGUGUGGGUAACUCCAUGCACUCAGUGUGUUCUUUCAUGUAAUAUAUCUUGGCUUAUACCACUGUGUAUAGGUUACAGCUUCUCCUCGGUGUAAAUGACGGUGUCCCCUCCCCUCCCUCGCUGUUCUCCCUGGGAGACACCCCCCCACCUCUCUUGCAGUCCCCUGUUUUCAAGUCCAAAGUGUUCUACGUCCCAUCUGGAGUCCCCACUUUGUGUUUUGGUUUCUGUUUGGUUUGGUUUGAAGUUGGAUUGUGGUAAAGAAGAUGGGAGGGGAGUGCCAGGGCCCAGUUGGCUGACGCUGGGUGGUAUUUACCCAGCGCUCCUGGGGUGAUGACAGGCAGAAGGCAGCUCCCUGACCAAACAGCAGUGUGUGAUCUCUGAUAGGUGUCUGUGUACCUGCUGCUCAUCAAGCCACCUUUAGUCACCCGACUGGGAAGUGCCCUGCAGGAAACAGCUGUAGGUGGACGCUGAGCCUGAGCCUGAGAUGUCCCCUCGGGUCCCUACUCUGAGCUACCAGCUACCAUGCCCGGAGGGGCCAUGCUGGGACCCGGUUGAGUCUCCUGCUGAUGCCAGGCUGGCAGCAGCUGCCACCUGCUCUGUUCCUUGCACGCUGGCAGGCAGCCUUUAGGCUCCCAGGGCUCCCCAGGGCCGUAUGGGCUGCGUUUGGGAUAGGGAGACUUUGUUUUGGAUCUAGUAUUUCCUAAAGUUAGGCUGGGCUUUGCAGGGUGCUGUGGCCCCAGCCCAAGCUCCUUCGAGGUCAAUGGACUGUUUGUGUUCAUUUUUUGGGGCUUUGGAUCAGGCCUUUCUCUGGAUUUUUUCCCCACUGAAGGCUGUGGUCUCUCAGUACAUGGGAAGACAGGAAAAGGGGAGACAUGAGUUGGUUUUAGGGACAGAGAGGACCUGGGAGCCCAUGAGAGUAACACUGACCUGCUUUAUAGCAGGGAAACCCUGUUCAAGGGCAAGUCUGUCCUGGGGGGAUUUCUUACCUCCCUCCUAGUCAUAGUAGCAGGGAUUUGUGACUUGUCCACAUUUUGGAGAUGGAGACAAAUUCCCAGCCCUCGGGAUCAGCCUGGUUUCAUGGGUGAGUACCUUGGCUCUAAAGCCAGACCUCGGGAGGGGGAGAAGAGAGGGUGUUAAGUGCUUUGGCUAAUGCUCUUCUAACACCCUUGGGUGUCCAUUAGGCUUCUCUUGGCUGCUGCAAAACAGAGUCUUAUAAAAAGACCUUACAUUUUGCUUUUAAAUGAGUCAGAGAUUAGAUGGGGUCAGAACUGUGAGAUCUGGAGCUCGGCAGCAGCCGCAGCCUGUGGGCAAGGGUUAGGGCAAUGAUCAGUAAGAGGUGCGGCAAAGAGAAGUGAGUUCAGUUCCAGAACCUGUCAGACACCUUUAACUGAGCUGGAUGUAUGAACUCAAGGGGUGCAGGGCCAGAGAAAGGUCCACAGGUGCUGCCUGUGCAGUGUCUGCCUCUGGUACAGUCACUGAAUUAGGAUGGUUGGAGUGUAUAACCUGAUCUGGAAAUUCUUCUCUUGGCUCAUGUCUGUCUUAUUUCCCUCCAAAUUUGAUCUGCUGAAUGCACGUCUUCCCCAACCAAAGGUCUGGUGGUGCAGCCUAACCUUUCCUGUGGUGAGCUUUGUCACUCUCUCUUUCCCAAGGCUCAUAAAAUAUUCCCAAAGGUGCAUGGCCUCUGGGAACAUCAGAUGCUGCCUUCUGAUGACCAAGAUGCAGCUGAAGGUCGGUGCCUACCUCCACCUGUACCAGUACAGAGACAGGGGUGGGCAUGUUGGGUUCACAGGGGCUUUGGGAAGGAGGGCUGCAGCUCCAGGCGAAAUCCUGGUAGCCUAAAGCACUCUUGGCAUGCACUGGGGAUGUAUCUCCUGGUGACAGUGUGUCACUGCCAGCCAGGGGAAUGGUUUGAAGCAGAAGGGUCCAUUGUGGGACUUCUGUAAAACCACUUUUCUCUAGAGAUCUUAUUUCCCCUCAUCCUGUUUUGCAGAUGUCCAGAGGUAAUUUCUGAGUUGGAGGGGGGGAGAGGAGAGGGCAAUUGAUGGCAAAGGAAUAGGAAAGGUGUUUGGAAAGCAGAGAUGGGAGAGAGUGAAGCUCGGAAGCAGCCCCUGCUCAGCUCCCUUGCAGUGACUGCAGCACGGCUUUGGCAGAGGACACAGUGAGAACGGGAUGUGCCCAGAUCCUGGAAUUGCUCCAGGCACACCCUUUUCCACCCUGGGGAGAGACCCCAUUCCACACCACAGUCCCCCCUGCUUGGGUUUUGCCAAGCAGAGUGGUGAUUUUCAGACAGUGACUUCUGUUUUCAAGAGAUAUUUCUACCUUUCCUGUCCUUUCCCUCCCUCUCAGCCCUGGCCUAGGAUUAUUUUCAGCAGUGUGUGACAUUAGACACAGCCUCUGUCUGUUCUGCCCUGACCAGCACUGAGAGAUCAGGGGGAGGAAAAUGAAACACUUGCUUCAUUUGAGUCUCCAGUUUUACUUUCUAAAGUGUUUUUAUUUCCUUGACUUAACCUUUGCCAACAGAAGAGGGGAAAAAACAGUUCUCAGCCAACCAUGGGCCUUAAGCAUUUCUCUGCCUGCACACCCUGCCUGCCCUUAGAGCACUUGGAUGCAAGGCCACUAAUUUCAUCCAGAAACGCACCACAGAGGUGGUGAUGGGGCUGCAGCUCCUCAGCUGGGUUUGUCACUCUUUGAACCUGCCCUGUACAUCCUGUAAGGGAUUUUUGCCUGUUUGUAAGGGAUUUUUGAACAUGGUAUGUCCUGUUCCCAAGGGAUUUUCCAUGUCCUGUGAUCACUUAAGAGUCUACUGUUCAGAUUCCCACCUCUUUGGCAGUUCAGUUUGGAAAACACCUAUCUGUUUGUGUGUGUGUGUGUGUGUGUGUGUAAAUACAGCACCCUACCUUCAAGAAUAUCCUGCACAUGUGUGUGUACAUACAUAUGUGUUGUAUUAUUGCAGCCUGGGGAGGGGGAGAGAAGCUGAGCUGGAAACGCCCCUUCCUUCAUUCCCUGCAUUCACACAAAGUGUCUGUGGUGUCUUUUCUGUGCCAUUCCCACCAUGUCAUGCAGUACCUGAAUUCCUUUUCAGUCCUGGUUUCUCCUCAGUGCAAAGAAUGUCUGGCUAGUGAACUGCUGAAUGUCCGGUGUGCCUGCUGUCCUAGAAGCUCCAAAUCCCUGUUCCCCUCCCUGGAUAGUCGUGUGGGCUCUUUGCUUCAAAACAAGGCACCUUUAGACUCUACCAGACUGUUCUGUGGCGCUUUUUGAAGUGUGGGUCUAGUGUUGAGUCAGGUAGAUCCAGUGUAGAUGCCACAACACACCUCAGCCCUGACUUGCAAACACCUCCUGUCCUGCCUUAAUGUGCCAGGCUGUGCAGUGCUUUCCUUUCGAGCCAAACAUGUCCAGCGAGAACUGAGAGGGCGAAUUCCCCUCUCCCAGCCCCGAACUUGUGGAAGCAGGAGGCUGAACUGACUGAACUCGCUGCGCUAAAUAAAUAGUUGUCUCUUCUCGUACUGAGCACACGCCGUUAUUUGCUUGCUGUUCUUUUCCGUGUGGUGUUCGUGGUAUGAAGUCCUCCCAGUGCCAUCUCCAUGGGGAGAGUGAAUUAACGCUUACAACUAAUCAGGUUCUGUUCUUGGAGUUUGGAGAGAUCUAGAUUGCUAGUUUACUCUUUCGGUCAAGUUGAUAAAUUAUAAAUUUGCAAAAUUGGUUUCAGGCCUUUUAGCUUAUCACUAAAACUACAGAUUUAAUGAAUGCAACCCGAUCUCAGUCUAUUUUUAAGGAACCCUAAGUUUUAGUUGAAUGCAAAGAUGUCAUGAUGCUCCCUCGGACAACUCACUAGAAGGUUUUUGCUGCUUCUCUUUUAAGAGAGAUGAAAUGGAUUACGCUUCUGCUUCCUCUUCCUACUGAUUUAAUAGCCUGUGGAUAAAUCCUGUUCCUCCCAACAGUGCUGCAGUGGGAUGCAAACAAAUGUGGCAGCCAAAGGAUAAUGCAGCAGCAUUUUUGGGAGGGUAAGAACACAUUCCUGCAGGUCCUGUUCACCUGGGGCUCGCUCAAAGCACUGAACAGGCACUUGCCCUGAAGCACUUCUUAGUUCCCUUGGGUUGGGUUAUAAAUUAGACAUGGGUUCGUGUCUCUGCUGGAUUAAAGUUUAGGGGAUGUUCCAUAGAACACUGAAAACAAGGGGAGUUUUUCCAUUGUUUUCAAUAUGCUCUGGCCUUUGAGGUCUUGUUGGCACCAGGGAUAUUGAUUGCAGGUCAUCAUAAAAUCCUAUCGGUUACACUUUUCUUUAAAAAAUUGACACAAGCAUUCCUUAGCCCUGGAGCUGAGUAUAAGGAAAGUCUUCUCUGAGGCAGCCGUGCUCACAGCCCUGAUUAUACUGACAUCAAUAACAACAGUGCAAUCCAAACCCCUGGAGCUAGUGAGACGUGAUUUCUGCCUUAAAACAUUCCCUGCUUUUCCUGGAAAUGCUAUGGGGGUUUGGAAUUCAACAGCCUUUUAACUAUUCUUCGAACUGGUUGAAAAUAACAGUGUUGAAGAUUGGAGAGGAAAAGGAUGCUUUGAGAAACGAACCAAAAAAGGGAAGACAAUGAAAAAAUGGAUUUGAAAGGUGAAAUUCUUGGAAUUUCAGUCAGCUCCUUGGAAAGCUUCAAGUCAGUGAAGACUCUGAGAGUGUGCAAAGAACAGAGCAGAAAAGUGAGGAGAGAAAAAGCACUAUUUAAUCGUCCUAACAGGUUUGGUGAGGACAUGUUAACUUUUAUAACCUAUUCACUUCUUUUAUUCCUGGCAAAGCUGAUUCCCUUCCUGACCUGUGUAGCAUCUUGCUGUGGUCUCAUUCUCUUCACCACAAAGCUGGGAGAAAUCUAUAGGGGUAGGCAAGAGCCUCACAUCAUUUUCAUGAUGAGGCAGAUUUUGGGUGCUCCCCAAAACAGACAGACGGUGCUCGGCACAGCAGGGAAUGUGUGAAGCUUUUGUCUGCCCUGGUCUGUGAGGGUGUCAGUCUGCCCCAGGAUUGGCACUGGAUGACAAACCCACAGGAAGGUCCCUUCCCUGUCCUGAGCUGUCAGUCAGCUGUGAGGUGUCCUGGCUGCUUGGGAGGUGCUGACUCGGUGUGAACAUAACGCUGCACUCAGCUGAAGCCGGUGCUCCUUCAGUCCUCUGGAGCACCAAAACUAUGUGGGGAGGAGAGAUUCUGAAGCCAAGGAGCUGCAUUUCUGCUGGCCUGGAAGGAUCAGGUGGUGUGCCAGGGUUGAGGACACAGAAACCAUGAGGAAUUUCCUGUUUGAAUGGGCUGCUCGGGUGGUACCGUGUGAUGCAGCACUGUGGGACUGCUGGGCCUUGAAAAUUCACAGUUCCCUCAAUUAACCAUAAUAAGCUCAUGGCCAAAGCCUCAAAGUCCCGUGAGAGAUCAGAGCCAUUGGAUUUCCAAAUGACUUUGGAUCUGCCUUGUGCUACAGCUAUGCUCGCUCCUUUCAACAGCAGUACUUUGGGACUUGUGCUCCCAGCUCUUUGAUGCUCUUCAAAUUAAAUAGAUUAUUUUUCUUUCUGCUGGAAAACAUCACUUGGGUUACAUGAGCUUUGGAGCCUGUUGUUCCUGUUUCUCUCCCGGUUGCUCCCAGCUUGAAAUUGACAAGCAAUUCCAUUAUUUUUCCAGUUCUCAGCCCCUGUGCAGCAUCCCAAGCAUGAAUCUACAGGUUAUUACUGUCUGAGUGAUGAUGCUGCAGUACCAAAGCUCCCACGAGGACAAGAGGAAUCUUUUUUAUCACCUUUGCAACAGUUAAGUCCUGCAUCAUAUCCCUGGUUUUGCCUCAACAGCUUCAAGCAGCCAAGUGUCUGGGGCAGAUUGAUGAGAACAAGGGUGCCACACAAUGUUGUCAUGUAAAAAAACAACAAACAAACAAACAAACCAACAGGGGAAUAAUUUGGCUUGACUAAGUUUUGAGCAGCCUGGUGCCUUACCCCAGGACCAUUUCAAUUGAAGCCUUUAAAAGCUGCAAUUGCAACUCCCCAGGAAACCAACUCUCUGCCAGUGGUAGGUGCAGGUUGCUUAUAAAUUUGUGCAGAAAAACUGUAGGAAGGUAACUUGAAGGUCAGAUUACAGGGGAUUUUUUUUCUUUGCUUUUGGUUUGUUUGGAUUCUGUUACUUCUCCAGGGACUGAUCCAAAGCCCUUGGAAGUCAGAUUGAGAGCUCAAACGCUGAGAGCAGGGAAAUGCCUGCUGCUCCUUUGGAAGCCUCAGGCAUCUUUCUGAGGACUUUGGUGGGGUUUGAGUCAGCUCCUGAAUGUGUUUUCCAAGUGACAGGAAUUUUCCGAGUGACACCUUGGUUUCUUCCCUGUGCAAACAGACCUGCUUGUCACUUACACGUAUUUACCUGUGUUCAACAUACAGGUUUGGGUUUUUUUUGCUCUCGGAAACAAUAUGCUGCUGGACACAUUUCCUGGAGGGAAAUGGACACCUACCUACACACAAAGCUAUCCAGCUAAUUUAUACCUUGUUGAAUUUAUAAUCUUGUCUAUGCUUCUAUGGACACUUUGUAUGGGCUGCAGCUCAAAUCCUAAAAUAGUCAAGAAUUUUUUCCUUUCCCAUAUAGUAUUCUAUUUACUUUGACUUUAAAAACAAAAAAAGCGUAUAAAUGCAAUAAUGCAGGUAGACUAGAAAUACUAGAUUGAAAAUUUAAAGUAGUUUAGCUUGUCCCAUUGUGACUGACAGUGUUGUGUGACACCCAACGCUGUACCCUAACAUUUUCCAGGCUUUCUCCGUAGCUGAAUCUAGUAUUAGCUUUGGAAACCCAUUGUGUGAGUGGUGGGUGGAUGGGUCGGAAACGUGUGCUCUCUACACACUGUAUGUUACUCACGUCACAAGCUGUAUGGUCACUCCAUAUGCUGUGAAACUGUAAAUGAUUCCCAAAUACACCUGUAACUCUUACCAGGAUUGUGAGAAAUAAACUAUAUAUAGAGAUAUAUACACACA